AUGAGUGAUAAAGUAUAUACUGAUAGACAAAAUCUUAUUAUGAAUAAUAACGAGAUAACCUCUGGUAGAAAUGUUGUAAAAUUUAUGGGAGAUGAACGUGGUUUGCCAAUUCAGCCUCCAGAUAAAAAAAGAAAGAACUUUUUAGGAAUAUUAGGAGGAGUGGGGUACAACGUUAAUCACAUUAUCGGUGCUGGUAUUUUUGAUCCUGAUGAUAUAUGGACUUUAAUGGGAUCACCAGGUGUUGUUUUAAUGUUUUGGAUUUUGGGAGGCAUUAUUAGCUUAUUUGGCACUUUAAUAUAUACUGAGUUGGGCAUUAGGUCGUUACCUAAGGGAAUAGGUGAACAAAGAUACAUUGAUAAUGCGUUUCCGAGUAAAAAACAUUUAGGACAUGUAUUUUCUUUCGUUGCAAUAACUAUAAUUUUUCCUGUGGUCAUAAUAGCUGAUGCUUAUUCUUGCGCCCAACAUUUGCUCUAUCUUUUUGAUAUAAAUCCUGAUCCUAAAGAAUAUUUUGGAAAAGAUUACAUUGCCCAACGUUUAUUGUCAAUUUUUAUUCUGGCAAUUAUUACCGCAUAUAAUAUGUAUUCUAAUAAAUUAUCUGUCUACAUAAAUCAAGUAUUAGUCUUCAUUAAGAUUAUUGCUAUUUUUCUUAUUUCCAUAAUUGGAUUAAUGACAUUAACAAAAUCAAAUACUACAAAUUGGGCUGAAAUUUACAACUCUCCAACAACAUACGUUGGAGCCUAUGGCAGUGGAAUCUUAAAGAGCAGUUUUAAUAAUGCUUUUAACAACAGUAUUGCUCUACGCUUUGGUUAUAAACUCUUUAAUAAUAAUGAAACUGGAGUAACAUUUAUGUCAGCACUUAUCGCAAUUUCCGCUUUUGGAUGUGUGGGCUCAAUGGUUUUCUCUUAUGCACGAAUUAUAAAAUAUGCUGCCGCAACAAAAUUCAUACCUAAAUAUUCUUAUAAAUUUAAUAACUUUCAUAAGAAGUACGGUACACCAUUUAACGCAUUACUUGCCCAGUUUAUUUAUUGUUCAAUUUUUCUUCUCCUCUUUUUCAAUCCAUCAAAAGAUCUUUUUGAUGUUGUUGCUGUGACAUCACAAAUUAUUGCCAUUAUGUUUCACGGAGCUUCUGCGAUUUGUUUAUUUGUUUUAAAAAAAGAUCCUUCUAAUUUUCAAAUACCUAAAUGGAUUAUUGUAAUUUAUCCUAUAUUCGUAACUUUAAUUGUCAUCACUUCAUUUUUCCCGACUGGGCCUGGCCAAUUGAAUUAUAUACUGUAUAUGUUGCCAUAUGGGUUAUCUGUGGUAGCUACACUUUUAGGUGUAAUUAUUUGGAGAUUUCGCAAUUAUUCGGAUGAUUCGGAUGAUCCGGGAUCUGAAACAGUUCUCAAAACUUCCCGGGUGAUGUAA